AUGUGCUCUCUGCUUGCAUCCUCAUCCCUUUUGUACUCUUUUCCCUCUAUCACAUCUUUGCCUACGUAUUCCUACGGUAUCGCGUUUCCUUUCAUCAAUCUCUUCAGCAACUGUAGAGUUACCGGCCACCGCUCCUCAUUUUACAGCACGCGCCAAGCCAUGUCGGAGAUUGCGGAAAUGUUUCAGCGCAUCAGUCAGCGCCCUAACGUGACUGGCAUCAUUGUAGUGGACAAUGAAGGCACUCCCAUACGAAGCACUAUUGAGGAUACAACAGUGCAGAAUCAGUAUGCGCACUUGAUUACGUCACUUGCUGCUAAAGCACGCCAUUGCGUUCGUGACUUAGACCCAACGAACGACCUGUGCUUCCUUCGCAUUCGCUCGAAAAAGAAUGAGAUCAUGGUUGCACCAGACAAGGACUUCAUUCUGAUCGUUAUUCAAAACAUUGUCGAGUAG